AUGCAAGAAUUCCCAGCGUCAGGGCAUCAAGUCGGUCAAACAGGCUUCUGGACUACUCUUCGGCACGAAGCUGGUAUCAAGGGUUUCCCGUCACUGACUGAAACAUUUCUCUGGAUUGCCUUGUCUGAAACAACAUCAUUUUAUGGCAAGAAUGGAACCCGACUCUAUCUCCCCAGCGUCCGCAACGACAGAUAUGACGGUCACCUCUAUUCAAGAGCAUCUUUACUGGUUUUUUUGAUAACAAUCAAGCUAGCCAACUAUUGCAGCAAUCGAUUACUGACAUCGUCUCCAUGUAUCACCAGACUCGGUAUGUAUAGUGGAGUUAUCAAAGGGGCUCACGGCUACAACGAAGGCCGUGCUUUGAAUUGGUCUAAUAUUCACUUGGACGCCUUCUUACCCGUCAACAUUGGGAUCCUAGCAUACCUAGUCCAUACAUCUGUCUACUCUCACUCCAGCGUCUACAAGCAUGGCGUGGGGUUUCUCAAUUCAAAGAAUUCGAAAACAUUGCCUUUUGUCAAGGAUGUUGCGAAAAUUAUAAAUUGA